AGUCUGAGAAGCGAGAGGCUACAUAAUGUGAUAUGUCGUAUCCCGGCAUUCCCACACUUCUGCCACUCGUUGUCGGACCACCCCCGCCCAAUGGUUGGGCGGUCGUGUCCCGUGGGAGACCCAUAUUAGAUACCCAGGAAAUUUUCCAUGGGUCUUUGGAUCAUAUCUUGGUAAGGGUUCUUGAAUCUCGAUAUCUCGAUAUCUUCUAUCACCGUGGUGUUUAUAUAUUGUCCCUCAGCCCGUUCUGUCAUCAGGUCGUCGCGUCGUCUACUUUUUAGCUCGAAGCAUUCUGCUUUUCCAGGCCUGCCCUUUAGGUUCAUACCUACAUCGCGACAUUGACCACGAGAAUUGGGUACCCCUUCCAUAUCAAGAGCAAUGGAAGAAGAAGGCCCUUCUCAGAUUGUGGCACAAGGCCAUAAGAAGAAGACUGUUGGCGACCGCCUGCGAGGAAUUCGAAAAGCCUUCCUCACGAGGCAUGGCCUCCUUGGCGACUACGAUUAUGCAUUUCUCUUCACCCCCAACAUUCCGUUCUUAAAAAAAAAGCCGUCACCGGCGCCCUUCUUUGGAUUGAAUGACCAUAUGCCCGUCGUUUUGGCUCUGUUGUUGGGGUUGCAACAUUCGUUGGCCAUGUUGGCAGGUGUUAUUACUCCACCCAUCAUUAUCGCGGGCGCGGGGGGUGCCAACCUCAGUGGUGCCCAGCAGCAGUAUCUAGUCUCUACCGCGUUGAUCGUCUCGGGAAUCCUGUCGAUGAUUCAAAUAACACGAUUCCACAUAUAUAAAACCCCAUACUACAUUGGCACUGGCCUUAUAUCUGUCGUUGGCAUUUCCUUUGCAAUCAUCCCGGUUGCGAUGGGUGCAUUCGCCCAAAUGUACGAAAAUGGCUACUGUCCGACUGCUGAGGACGGCACAAAAUUACCCUGCCCUCAAGGGUAUGGUGCGCUGCUUGGGACAGCAGCUUGCUGCUCCUUAAUCGAAAUUUUGAUCUCUUUCCUACCGCCAAAGAUCAUGCUGCGAAUUUUCCCGCCUAUCGUCACUGGCCCGACGGUCAUGUUGAUCGGUCUUAGCUUGAUCAGUUCUGGCAUGAAGAAUUGGGCCGGCGGUUCUGGAGACUGCGCUUCGAUGCCUGAGACAGGACUUUUCAGUCUAUGUCCGACUAUCGACGCUCCCCAUGCCUUGCCCUGGGGAUCCGCAGAGUUCUUAGGCCUUGGAUUUUCGGCUUUCGUAACCAUCAUCCUUUGCGAACGUUUUGGAUCGCCCAUCAUGAAAUCCACCAGCGUUAUUUGGGGUCUUCUUACCGGCUGUAUUAUAGCGGCAGCCACAGGCUAUUUUGAUCGGUCCGGUAUCGAUUCCGCCCCAACGGCUUCAUUUAUUUGGGUGGAGACCUUCCCGCUCUCUGUUUAUGGACCGCUGGUUCUUCCUCUCUUGGCUAUCUACAUUAUUUGCGCUUGUGAAACGAUCGGUGAUGUUACGGCGGCGUGCGAUGUGUCGCGGCUCGAAGUGGAAGGCCCGAUGUAUGAAUCCCGCAUCCAGGGCGGUGUCCUGGCAGACGGCAUCAACGGAACGCUGGCGGCACUCAUGACGAUAACGCCUAUGACUACUUUCGCGCAGAAUAACGGGGUCAUCGCGCUCACUCGAUGCGCCAACCGGAAGGCUGGUUAUUGCUGCUGCUUUUUCCUUAUCAUCAUGGGUAUUUUUGCAAAGUUCGCCGCCUCCCUGGUCGCCAUUCCAUCGGCCGUCCUGGGUGGCAUGACGACCUUCCUUUUCUGCGCCGUCGCGGUCAGCGGAAUCGCGAUCAUUUCCACAGUUUCAUUUAACCGCCGUAACCGCUUCAUCUUGACCGCCGCGCUUGCGAUCGGCUACGGCGCGACCCUAGUACCGGAGUACUUUGCGCACGUGUUCACCUAUCAAGGCGAUAACCGUUCACUGCUUGGUUUCCUCAACGCGAUUGAACUGGUUAUGGAAACCGGAUUCGCUGUUACGGCGUUCAUUGCCAUGAUCCUGAACCUGGUGAUUGAGCCGGAAAUCGAGGAUACGGGGGCGGAAGUCCGUGGAAGCUCUGGGGACCGGGAGUCCGUUGAAGUUGAAAGCGUGCGUGACACAUCGAAGAAGCCAGAAUCUAGUGAGAAAGGCGAGAAGAAUGUGUAGACAUGUACUCUAUAUUAUGUUACCAUCUCACAUCUGAUUUAUUAAUCUGGCUCUGAAUAG